AUGGAGACCCAGGGAGCCAGCCUCUCGCUGGGGCGCUGGUCACUGUGGCUCCUGCUGCUGGGACUAGUGGUGCCCUUGGCCAGCGCCCAGGCCCUCAGCUACAGGGAGGCCGUGCUUCGUGCCGUGGGUCAGCUCAACGAGCGGUCCUCAGAAGCUAAUCUCUACCGCCUCCUGGAGCUAGACCCUGCACCCAAUGAUGAGGUCGACCCAGGCACCAGAAAGCCCGUGAGCUUCACGGUGAAAGAGACCGUGUGCCCCAGGACCACCCAGCAGCCCCCGGAGGAGUGUGACUUCAAGGAGAAUGGGCUGGUGAAACAGUGUGUGGGGACAGUCACCUUGGAUCCAUCCAAUGACCAGUUUGACAUAAACUGUAAUGAGCUUCAGAGUGUCAGAUUUCGUCCACCAAUCCGUCGUCCACCAAUCCGUCCGCCAUUCAAUCCACCGUUCCGCCCACCGGUCCGCCCACCGUUCCGGCCACCAUUCAGGCCACCUUUCCGUCCACCCAUAGGACCAUUUCCUGGUAGACGGUGAACAAUAGGCAGAAAACUCCCUGAUAAGCCCAGGGAAGACCUCUUGGGAUCUCAUUUGGCCUGAGUCAGCAUCCAAAAAAUAAAAUCUUGUGGAAAC